AUGUCCGACCAGGAUUUGAGGAACGCAAUUCUCCGGCUCACUGAAUUGGUAGCUAGCCAACAAGAGCAGAUUCAACUUCUCAACCGAACCGGUCAAGCCAACCAACCGGGAAGUGAGAAAAUCAUCGAAUCGUUGAAGACUUCUACUAUGAUCCUGACGGUUGACGGCAAGAAUCUGGACGAUCCGGCGAAGGUGAGGCUACUCUUGAGGAAGAUCGGCACCAAGUUCCAUGAGCGGUACGUAAACAGUAUCCUGCCAAAGCAUCCCCGCGAUUUCGGCCUGGACGACACGGUGAAGAAACUUAAGAAGCUUUUUGGUCGCCAAACCUCGCUGUUUAACGAUCGCUACCGUUGUCUACAAUAUGUCAAGAACGAAGCAGACGAUUUUUCAAGUUACGCUGCCUCUGUGAACAAGCAUUGCGAAGCAUUCCAGCUGACCAAGCUCACCGACGACCAAUUCAAGGCACUACGUUUUGUUUGCGGUCUACAAUCUCCCCGCGAUGCAGACAUCCGAACUCGAUUGAUCGGUAAGUUAGAAGCUGAAGAGCAUGCUCCGCCAGCAGACGGCACGAAGCUCACACUGGAAAAUCUCGUCGAGGAGUGCCAUCGGUUUAACAAUCUGAAGCAGGACACCAAGAUGGUAGAGAAGCCCGUUCCGGAAAAAUCCGUCGUCAACGCCGUUUCUACCAAGCCUGCUGAGAAGAAGCAACCGAAAUCUCCGUGCUGGUUCUGCGGUGAUUUACACUUUGUGGAGGAAUGCCCCUAUCAAGACCACAGCUGUAGCAAUCUGCAAUAUGUGAAGUCCAAAGGAAUAUCGGUGAAACGCAUCGAUCUCCAAGGGAAGAGGAAAUACGUUACCGUCGGAAUCAAUGGCAACGAUUCUGUUCUCCAGUUGGAUUGCGCUUCCGAUAUCACGAUCAUUUCUACGCAAACCUGGAAGGCGAUCGGAAAACCAGCCAUCAGCGAAACCGAAAUCACCGCCAUCAGCGCUUCCGGAAAUAAGAUCGACAUGACUGGUGAGUUCCUUGCUGAACUAACCAUCCAAAGCGUGACGAAAGCAGGCAUUGUCUACGUGUCAUCAAGCUCCGAUUUGGAUGUCCUCGGAAUUGAAACAAUCGACCUAUUCGAUCUGUGGUCAAUUGUGACAUGUCCCACUGUGCGUUCGGGUGGUUCAAAACUCUGUCCCCUUCUACGCUCGCUGGUUAAUGCUAUCCAUCAUAAACCAGAAGACACUGAGCAAAAGCUACGUACGAAGUUUCCUGAAGUGUUCCAGAGUACACAAGGUUGGUGCACCAAAGCGAAGGUUAAACUCUACCUGAAGCCCGACGUCCGUCCAGUGUACUGUCCAAAGAGACCAGUUGCAUAUGCUGCCCUUCCAAAGGUGGAUGCCGAACUUCAACGUCUUCAAGACAAGGGAAUAAUCUCACCAGUGAAGUUUUCCGACUGGGCAACCUCGAUAGUCGUGGUCCGGAAGUCAGACAACGUUUCCGUCCGUAUCUGUGGCGACUAUUCUACAGGGUUGAACAACGCACUAGAAUCAGAUGCCCAUCCGCUUCCGCAUCCAGAUCAUGUUUUUGCUGAUCUGGCUGGCUGCCGGUAUUUCUCCCAACUCGAUCUAUCUGAUGCGUACCUGCAAGUCGAGGUUGAGGAGGAUUCUCAGAAGUAUCUAACGAUCAACACUCAUCGUGGACUAUUCAAAUACAACCGUCUGCCGCCUGGAAUCAAGUCCGCUCCUGGUGCGUUUCAAAGGAUUAUCGAUAGCAUGGUCGCUGGUAUUCCUGGAGUGAAACCGUAUCUAGAUGACAUCAUGAUUGCCGGUAGGACAAAGGAAAAACACGAUCGCAGCCUCCAUGAAGUUCUGGAACGGAUCAAGACGUACGGUUUUCAUCUGAGGAUUGAAAAAUGUCGAUUUGGCCUAUCGCAAAUCAAGUUUCUAGGUCAUAUAAUCGACAAAGGCGGCUUACGACCUGAUUCAGCGAAGACUACCGCAAUUUCGCAGAUGCCAGCUCCAAUGAACGUAUCACAGCUUCGAUCGUAUCUUGGAGCUAUCAAUUAUUAUGGGCGUUUCGUCAAGCAGAUGAAGGAGCUGAGAGCACCCAUGGACUACUUGCUGAAACAAAACGUCAAUUGGGAAUGUGCAGUCCAGAAGUCAUUCGACAAACUGAUCACCAACCACGGAAGCAACAAAGGAAUUCCGUUCGUGCGCACUGAAGAAUUUGGACACGCGGACCUCCAUUCAAGACUGAUGAAAUGCCAUGCUGAAGAAUAUGUCAUUGCUUCUGUACAAAUGGAAGCCGAUGUCAACGCCGUUCUCAGUGAUUCUACUUCUAGUCUUCCCGUGACGUCUGAAAUUAUCGCUGCUGAAACAUCAAGAGAUCCUGUUCUCCAAUCGGUGGUGUUCCAUAUCAAUGAAGGAUGGCCCAAGUAUUCCAAGGAAAUUGAUGAUCCAGUUGUUUAA